UGCGGGUGGGGUCCAACAGCAACACAGAACGCUACGGAGUAUGCCGCCCGACAAAGGCAGAUCGUCGUCGUCGUGCAUGCUCACCGCCUGCCGCCUGUUGCUGGUGCUGACGCUGGCGGACGGGGCUGGGGUGGCGUGGGGCGCGGUGUGCGAGCCGCGCCAGAGCUGGCUGGACCCGGGCGUCGGCGAGUGCGUACCGUGCCGGGUGUGCGCCGAGCACCAGGUCGUGCUGCGGCCCUGCCAGGACUACAUGAACACGGUUUGCGGCACGAUGAAGGACCUGGCCGCCGACUUCCGGCUGGUGCGGUCCUCGUCCUCGCUCGUCCACCACCAGGAGGAGGAGCGGCAGGCGCCCGGUCCCGAUGGUAACGGAAUCGCCGUGGUGCGCACCCGGAACCACCACUGGAAGGAGGAGCGGCGGAAAGAGGGGGCCGGUCGGGCGGACCCGCACGUGCAGUACAGUGCCGUGCCGGCCGGGGGCGCCACCAGCACCGAGGAGAUCCUGUGGGACUGGCAGGUGGCGUCGCUGCUGCUCGCCAUCAUCGGCUGCCUGCUGUUCCUGCUGGCCGCGGCCUGCGUUGCCCUCAACCAGAGCCGCCAGUGGCGCCGCAUCGAGAAGCACUUCGACGCCGACAUGGAAGCGCUGUCGGUGCAGGUGGUGAGCCGGCUGGCGAGCAUGCAGCAAAUCGAGAGCGGCCCGAUCAUGCUGGAAAACAUCGACGGCCACCGGCUGCGCCCGGCCAGCCAGCCGAUCGAGGUGCGGUGCGUCUACCUGGAUCAGCUACUCGACGAAAAGUGUUGCCAAAAAUCGCGAGGCCAACCGACGGUCGGCAACCUGUACAUCGAGGAAUCGAUCGAUCCACCGAAGGGCGGUGGGGGCGGGUCGCCUGCAGCCACCUGCAACGUGCAGCGACACUACUGAAGCAGCAGCAGCGGACGGACGG